GACGACUUUAUCCUUAUAGGCUCAACUCAAACUCUCAUCUUCAUCUUCUUCGUCGCCUCGGCGAGGAAAAAUCCUUCCUUUCUUCCUACUCUCUGCUCCGACCACACUCCACCGGAUUGCAGUGAGAGAGAGAGAGAGAGAGAGAGAGAGAUAGCGGCCAAUGGAACGGCUUCUAUCCUCCUCCUCUUCUUCCCUGCUCCCCUCCCGAGUUCUCCGGAAACCCCACUCUCCCUUCCCCUCCCGCCUCGGUCGCGCCGACUCGCCCACGCUGGCCCCCUCCCGGACCGAGCCUAGGCGGGUCGGACCCGUAUCCUGCAGCCACAAGCAGCCGCCGCCCCCCAAGAACCCCAAAUCUCUGGAGAAGCCGCCGCCUUUGUGGACUCGCCGGGUUGACUCGCCUCCUGAAUCGGUGUCCACCUCCCAAUUUCCCAAGCAUAAUGCCGCCGGAGGCUCCCGGCAGCGCAAGGCAAUCUUCUCUGGGACAUGCGUGCUGCUUUCUGCACUUGUUGUGGCCAUAAUUCACCCACUCUUUGCAUCACCGGCCUUUGCAACCUUCCAGAAUGCAGCAAAGACAGGUGGGCCUGCUGCAGCCGCAGCUGUUGGGAGGAGCCUCCUCCGCACUGAGCUCCUUACUAGUGCUUGGACAGGCUUCUUUGCAGGCUGCCUGCACACACUUUCAGGGCCCGACCACCUGGCAGCCCUGGCACCCCUCUCAAUUGGGAGGACCAAAAUGGAGAGUGCUGCUGUGGGGGCCCUUUGGGGCUGUGGUCACGACGCAGGACAGGUGAUCUUUGGUCUUUUGUUCCUCCUGCUCAAGGACCGCCUCCACAUUGAGGUGAUCCGAACUUGGGGGACCAGGGUUGUGGGGCUGACCCUCCUUGCGAUCGGAGCAAUGGGGAUUCGGGAAGCCUCCGAAGUCCCCACCCCUUGUGUCGCCUUGGAGAAUGGUGAGUGUGAUGUCAGUAUGUAUGAAGCCCUAGAGAGCUCAGUAGUUGGUGGUCAGAAAAAGAAGAAGAAGGUCGGGUUUGCAACUUUUGCCACGGGAAUUGUCCAUGGGUUGCAGCCGGAUGCACUCAUGAUAAUUUUGCCUGCUCUAGCGCUGCCUUCCCGAGUGGCAGGAGCUGCUUUCCUGGUGAUGUUCUUGGUUGGGACAGUUGUUGCCAUGGGGAGUUACACGGUGUUCAUCGGCUCAUGCAGUGAGGCACUAAAGGAGAGGGUGCCAAGAAUUACUGAGAAGCUCACUUGGGCUUCAUCACUUGUGGCGAUUGGGCUCGGGUUAGCAAUCUUCAUUAGCCAGUUGUUUGGGUACAGCCUGUACUAAUCUUGAGAUUUUAUGUUGCAGUAGUUAUUUAGACAAAUCUGAGAAGGGUUAUGAUUUGUUUUCGGCGGAAAUUCAUAAUUUGCAGGGUCUUAAGGCAUAUUAUCAUCUUCAUUUAGUGGUUAUGAUGUUAGUAUAGAGGGAAAUAUCAUUUGAUGUUGAUGGUCUUUGUCAUCUUUCUAUUAUCAUGUAAGUUACGAUGUUCUUUAACCCCAAAUUAUUCGUUUGUUUGAAA